UAAUUAUUUUUUUAAUCUUGUCUAUGGCGAGACCUAACCUACAAAAAUAAAUAUUUACGGGUGAAAAUAAAGAAUUUAUACAGUUUUUACACAAUACGUAUCACUAGAAAACGACAUGAAUCAAGCAGAUGUAUCAAAAUUGGUCUCCAAACUUCGUGUGAAGGUAUUACCUAAACAUCGAAAUCUUCCGGGUCCUAAGGGUCCUGAAGGAAGAAUUGAUAAAUUGCGUAAAACAGUAACGGGUCUAAUAAAAUUUGAAAGGAUUGAACUAAACUAUAACAGAGCUGAUGAAGCACGCCAAUAUGCGGAAAGGCUCAUAUCUGAAGCCAUACGCCAUGGCGACUGUCACAAACCAACUAUGGACACAGCAGACUUCUGGCUUCUUGAAAAGGAACUUGUACAUAAACUAUUUAAAGUAUUAGUACCAAGAUAUGAAACCUCAAACUUAUCAUAUACAAGGAUGUAUAAUGCACCGAGGCUACAAUAUGGUCGCACAAUAGAUAAAGUGGUGCUAGAACUAAGAGGAAAUCCUUUUCCCGACCUAUUGAAUAACAAGUCCAACAAUAAACUGUUGAUUCAAAAUGUUUUACUUGAUGCUGCCAAAAAUGAUUACAGACAAACAAAGAUUGCUGAGAUGGCUAAAAAUAUUGGCAAAGAUAUUGGUACUAAACAGAAUACAGACAGCAAAUUAAAUGAAGCCCCUGAAAAACCGAACAUCAGUUAAAUUGUGAAUAAUAAUGUUAUAUUUAUUUUAAGGCAAAUAAUGUAGAAAUAUAAAGUUAUAACAAGACAA